CAGACCACGUUGAUAUUUCUAGUGAUCGAGGAACAAAUGUCAAGUUAAAAGCCUAUUUUCAUUCAUCCAUAAGAGAAAUAAUUGAGUGAUAAUCUUUCCAAUAUGUUGACUGCAUUGUGCUACAUGCAAUCCCUGAGGUUUGCUAUUCCAGAGGCCAYCAUGUUAGGAGUAGCGCCUCAGUAUCUUGUCAUUUGGAUGUCAUGGCGGCUAGUCUCUUCUGUUCUCCCUCGAAGAGUUUACGAACGAGGAGAUGAAUUCAUGUACGACAUGUACCAGUCACUYAUAUGUUUCUUCUUUGAGACGUACACUGGAGCUGAGGUUAUUUUUUAUGGAGACAAGAUUCCUUGGAACAAAAAAGAAAACAUCAUAUUGAUAUGUAAUCACCAAUGUACAGUGGACUGGUUAGUUGCAGACCUUCUAGCAAUACGGCAAGGAUCUCUAGGAAACAUCAGAUAUGUAUUAAAAAAUGGUCUACGAUAUUUGCCACUCUACGGAUUUUACUUUGCCCAGCACGGCUGUGUGUAUGUCAAGAGAGGAAAAAAUCAAGACCAGGUUCAGUUGGAAAGAAAAUUAGCUCAUUUCAAGAAUUACAAAACUCCAYUAUGGUUAGUGAUAUUCCCAGAAGGAACAAGAUACAAUGUUGAAAAUCCAGACACCAUAGAGAAAAGUAAAGAGUUUGCCAGACAGCAAGGGUUAAAGGAACUGGAACAUGUGUUGACACCAAGAACUAAGGCUACUGAAAUUAGCAUAGAUCAGCUUGAUGGAUACAUAGAUGCUGUUUAUGAUCUGACYAUUGCAUACAAAGGUGUCGACGACAAUGUUUUACCACGCCUACCUGCCAAGAGUAUGCCAGAUUUUCUGCAGUCCCGAAAUCAGCAGAUUCAUAUUUAUUGUCAUCGAUAUGAAGCUAAAGAUAUUCCCAAGGAUUCAGAAAAGAGAAAGCAAUGGUUAUACAACUGUUAUAUAGAGAAGGACAAAAUCAUGGAAAGAUUCUACRAGAACGGAGGAGGUAGUUUUCCAGGAAUCCCACGACGUCGACGUUUACCAUGGUAUAGGACCACACCCUAUUUCUUAUUUUGGUUGGCUGUCUUGACUCCAUUUAUUGGYACGAAGACUGGAAGAUCACUUUACUGGAAAAUGUGGUUAUUGACCGGCAUUGGAAGCUUGUUUUUUAUGGCAGUUCGUAAAUAAUAUCAACUUUUAUUUAUCAGCACAGUCUUAGUUAAAUAUUAAAAAGCUUUGAGAAAACUUUGUAGCUUGUACAUUAAUUUGUAGUUUUAAAUUAACUACAGGUAAAUUUGAAGUUUAAGUAGAGGGUGGCUUGUUUCUUCAGGAGGCAAUCAAAUACACUACUUUACCCUCCAUUAGUGCUCUGUYCAUAGAUUGGUUGAGAAAGCUAUAGCUACUCAGAUAAGCUAGACAGAAAUUUCAGAUCACUAACAAUCAAACAAGUUUUUUCAUCUUUUCACGGUGUAUAAUUUACCUUUUCAUCAUUACUGUAACAAUCAAACAAGACUUCUUACCUUGCAUUAGUACUCUCUUGCUAACUUGACAAUCCUUAGUCCUACUGGGGGAGGAGGGGUGGGGUAGGCAAAGACUGCAUCAAUGUUAGGGAUGAGGAACAGAUUGCAGUUUGUUCACAAAUAAUAACUAUUUUUUAAUUUCUGAUAUAUCAACAAUUAAACUCAUCACAAACUGAACUUAAAAUUUAUUAAUAAAAUCACAUUUUUUCUACGAA